UUGCAUCUAUACAGUGCAUUUUAUCUACACAUCUAUGCGCUGAAAUGAAUUUUAAUUUAUAACGUAUUUAUUGUUUAAAUAAAGUAAUUAACUCGUCUUAGUGUAAUACUCAGAGCCUCCAAUUAUUAAUUUAUCGUCUAAGUGGCACUAGUUAAAUAUUUCAAAAUGCCAAAAGUAGUUUCUCGCAGUAUAGUGUGUUCGGACACCAAAGACCAAGAAGAGUAUAACGAGGAGAAGCCCCUGCACUCGUAUUACUGUUUGUGCGGUCAGAUGACGUUGAUAUUGGAUUGUGCUUUGGAAAAACUACCACUACGCAAACGCGAUGGGGCCCGAGUAGUUGAUGGCUCUAAACAUGCCAAUAAAAUGACCUACGAUCAAGAUGAAACCGUGUACUUGAAACGACAAGAAGGCAUCGAAAAACAACAUAGAUUGAAGUGCAAAAAAUGUGGUUUAUUUUUGUAUUAUAAACACCAGACAAAUAAUAAUGUUUAUUUUAUUGUAAAUGGGGCUUUGGUCAAAUGUACAGGUGAGGGUCCUAAAAUGGAUAUCUAUAAUCAAGUGGCUGUUGAAAAACCAAAGAAAAUCAUGGUCACUAAACAUACUAAGAACAUGGGGAAGUUUAGUUCAGUAACAGUAUCAACUAUUGAUGAAGAAGAAGAUGAAAUUGAAGCGAGAGAAGUAGCAGAUUCAUAUGCCAACAAUGCGCGUAUAAUUGAAAAGCAGUUAGAGAGGAAAGGCAUGAACAAACGCAAGACAACAGAAUUCGUAGAACCAGAAAUCACAUUAGAUAUAAAAAGACACGCGCGUGGUACAUUGCUAGAGAAAUAAUAUUUUGUAAUUAUAUUUUUAUGAUUUAAUGUUUAUAAUGUAAUAUUUCUCUGUUAUUUUUAAAUAAAUAAAUGUUUGACUUGUGAU